GCAGCAGGCAGAGGGCAUAGUGGGCUACCAGGUCCUGGACGACUCAGAGCACUUGGAUACUGGAUCCUUCUCCUGGUAGCCAUCCCAAUGAAUCUCCAGUUGCUAACCUGCCUUCUGGUGGCAUUGAUCCCUGUUGUGAGCAGUCAAGGCACCUAUGAAGACUGCUGUUUGAGAUAUAGUAGGCUGAGGAAAGCAGGCAUUUUAUGGCAUAUCAGGAAUUACACGAUUCAAGAGGUGAACGGGAGCUGCAAUCUCCGGGCUGUCAUCUUCCGGCUUCGGAAGAACAACAUCAUCUGUGCCAACCCUGAUGAGAGAUGGGUUAAGGCUGUAAUAAAAUAUCUACCAAACAAAACCUACCAGAACUUUUUGAAGCUCAUAAAGGAAAUCAAGAAGGACUUUGGAGGAAACAUCACCAAUACAACCUUGGGCCACGUUGUCCAGGCUCAUCGACGACAUGGGGUUGGUAGGCACCAGAUGAGGCUGGAGCACAUCUGA